UGCUGACAUUACCAUUCCCGCGCAAUCGCUUGUCGUGUAUGAACGCUUACAGCGCGUUUACAAAAUAUCAUCGUGUCUCGCGAGUGUAACGUUGAACUUAAUUAGUAUUAAAUAUUGUCAACAAAAAUGGAUCACAGUCAUCAUGAACAUGCAAUGGACCCGACUCACGAAGGAGGCUGCGGUGGCCAUGGCCAUAUGAUGGUGUUCCAUGCUGGAGUCGUCCAAGAAAUUCUUUUCAAAGGAUGGGAGACAUCCAACGCACUGGAGUUAUUCGGCUCGGCCGUUGCCAUUUUCUUGGCCGGCGUGCUAUAUGAAGGCUUCAAGUAUUACAGGGAAACACUUUUUGAGUCAGCUGCCAUGGCUGCAACCGCUGACUCACAAGUCAACAUCGCCAAGAACGAAAAUGGAACGAGAUCCUGUCACACCAAACGGAGCCCUAUAUAUACGAUGUUUUCAAGUGGCCACGUUUACCAGACGCUGCUGUAUUUUGUACAAGCCUGGGUGUCAUAUGUCCUUAUGUUGAUAUUCAUGACGUAUAAUGUAUGGCUGUGUCUUGCGUUGGCGCUCGGUUUGGCGGUCGGCUAUUUCCUCUUUGGUUGGCGCAAAACUACUGCCAUAGACAAUAGCGAGUGUUGCAUGUAAAUAAAUGAAAACUCAUUUAGUUAAAUAAUUCAUUCAUUAUGUUUAGAUUUUUUGUGAGAUGCCUUGAGGUUGACUAUUAAAAUAAUAAACAAAACAAUUGCAAUAAAAAAGUUCAGAGCCAUAUUACAGUUAAAAUAUUGUAAUAAUUAGUCAUAAGAAUAUUUAUGUAUGAGAUCUUGCCAAUAGAAAUUAGUUUCUAACAUUCCAUGAACCAGACAUUCAAGUUGAAGGCUUACUUAUAGAUAUUUUUGUAUUAUCGUAAGAUACAACCGCUACUAAAAUCCUAUUUUAAGUACUUUUGUAGGAAUACUAUAAUAAAACCUCGACGAUAACGAGAGUUCGACAUUUCUCAUUGGAAGUGUAAAUUUUGAUCAUUUUUACAAUAUAAAUAUACAUCUUUAAAAGGA